AUGAAGUUCACUGUUUUUUCACUGUCAUUAUUUUGGUUUUUCUUCGGAACGGGGUCAACUGAAGAGAAACGCCUUCUUCUCAAUGAUCCACAACAGAUGCAGUCUGAAAUCCACGCCCUGCAACAAGAAGUGGAACAUUUCAGAGUCCAAAAGCAAGAAAUGGCGGAUCUAAAACAAAGGUUUGAACUGCUGGAAUCAAGUUCCAAGAAGUCCGGUUCCAUAUAUACUAGAUGGGGAAAGCACAGUUGUCCGAAAUUGAAUGGGACAGAAUUGGUCUAUGAAGGAACAGCAGGAGGUAGCCAUUUUUUAGAAAAGGGUAAUGGUGCUAAUACACUGUGUCUCCCACAUGAUCCUGAAUUGCUACCGGAUCAUUUCCCACUUUCAUCUAACCCCCUUACAACACUCGGCUUCGGCCAUAUCUAUGGCGGUGAAUAUGAAUUUAGUUUGAGAAAUAUGGUGAAAAAUGAUGAUGUGCCUUGCGCUGUCUGCCAUGCCAAAAUGGCGACUUCUUCGAUGAUGAUUCCCGCCAAACAAUCUUGUCCUACUGGAUGGUCAAAGCAGUAUUCUGGUCUACUAACGUCUAAUUAUUAUUCAUAUUCCACACUGGAAUACCUUUGUGUUGACGAAGAUCCUGACUUCAUUGAGAGAUCUCGACAAAACGAGAAUGGAAGGUUAUUUUAUCCUGUGAAAACUGUUUGCGGCUCUCUGCCUUGUCCGCCAUAUAAGAAUGAUUCAUUGGUUUCGUGUGUUGUAUGUACCAUAUAAGAAUUUAACAAAAUUAUGACGUCUUGUGUUAUGUUCCGGAACAGUAUAAUAAUUUCAGCAAUUUAGUUUUGUAUGCAAGAUGCAAUAAGUCAUAAUAAAAUUCAUCGGUGUCAUAUACAAUGUGUGGAAAAAGAAGUUCACUGUAAUCUGGCGAUGUUAUGAAAA